AUGUGGUACUCUUCGGUCGCGGCCGUGCUUGUCGGCGCCCUGGCCUGGGGUGCACAGGCGCAGGAUGACAUGCGACGCAUAUCGCUCCGAACACACACACUCGAGCAGGUCAGUCAAUGCGAUGGCAUGGAGGCACGUGAGGAUACGAUAUGGCUGGUUGCUAACAAUUACGGGUUGAAGCCCUAUCUCGACUCGGAUAUGCAGAGCCGAUGGUUCGACUUUGGCGGCGACACGAUUGUGCGCACCGAUUCGGCAACGACUUUCCAUGCGCUAACACGGCGACUUAGCUACGUCCGCCUGACCUCGGACCGCCCUUCGCAGAGCGGCUGGCUGUUCUCGCGUGUGCCGCUGACGGCGACCAACUGGGAGGUGGAGGUGGAAUUCAAGAUAUCGGGCAAGAACCAGCUGUUUGGCGACGGCUUCGCUAUGUGGGUGACGCGCCAGCGCGGUGAGAUGGGCCCGGUGUUUGGCAGCAGCGACAAGUUUGACGGGUUGGGCGUGUUUGUGGACACGUACAAGAAUAACCGGCCGGGCGUGGUGUUUCCGUACGUCAUGGCCAUGCACAGCGACGGCAGCAAGUAUUACGACAAGAACAAUGACGGCAAGGAUGCGGAGCUGGCGGGCUGCUCAGCGCGGGGCAUCCGACAGGCGUCGGUGCCGACCAAGCUGCGGUUGACGUACUUUCAGGACAAGUACCUGCGGCUGGAACUGCAGUACAAGAACGAGGACGAGUGGCUGACGUGCUUUAACGUGGACCGCCCGCCCCAGCUGCCCAACAUUGCGUACCUCGGCUUCAGCGCUGAGACGGGCGAGCUCAGCGACAACCACGACAUUGUCUCGGUCAAGACAUACAACCUGUACGCCAACCCGGGCUCGCCGUCGUCGCCGCAGAACAAUGCCAAUAACAAAAAGGACGGCGGCCGCGGCGGGUACAAGACGUCGUCGCAGGGUGAUGGCUCGUGGACGUGGUUCUUUACCAAGGUCAUAUUCUUCUUCAUCGCCGUCGGCGGCGCGUAUGUCGGCUUCACCGCAUACCGCGCCAAGUUCCGCAGCCACCGCUUCUAA